AUGACGCGCGCCCCUUCGCCUGCGGGGCUCGACGAGCUCCGCAACCCUACCUCCGCCGACGCCCAGGUCGCCGCCCUGAAGCAGCUGAAAAACUUCAUAGUCGGCCACGACCAGAGGAAAGAGCUGGCCGUCCGCCGCGGUAUUGUAGCGCACCUGGCGCGCGUCCUGCAGGCAAAUGUGAAGGCGUCGGGCAAGAGGCGUCAGCGCCAGUCGAACGGCGGUGCCGCUGCGGCGCAGAAUGCGGAACAGGCGCAGGAGGACGAUAUGCGCUUGCAGGCUACCUUCAUCGUGGAGAGCUUGGCCCACGGCGGAGCACCGUUCGUGACGCCCAUCCUUGCCGGAGGCCUUCUCCAACCGCUUCUGGGCGCCUUGUCUCCCGCUGAAGCGCCCCCAAAGCUUCUGACAGCCACCCUACGUACCCUCAUAGCGCUGAGCAGCGCCACCAGUACAGACCCAUUCCCCAACUCCACGUCGGCGAGGAUAGCAAGGGAACUGUACUAUAAGCCGGAAGGGGACAGCCUCUUGGAGAUUAUCGCUCAGCGAUCGAAUUCGUGGAUUACGCUGGAGCAGGUGGGGUUGGCGGCUUCACUCAUAUCCAAGACCUGUCGGGAAGAGAGCCACAAGUCUUUCUUGGUCAAGUCUGGAGUUUUGGACAGUCUCGCAGCGCGCUUUGCAUCUUAUGCUGUAUCAGAGGGCUAUGUCAGGCCAGGUUCAGAUGCUUCGUAUAUUGCCAGCCUUCCACCUGCUCCGAGGCAAAAAGAAUUUUUGGCGGUCGUCGAAGCCAUAUCUACCAUCAUAUCUCCCUCGAAUUACAGGAUAGCCGUGUUCCUCUCCUCUCCGGCAAUAGUGGCGGUGUUCCCUGGCCUUCGACUUUUGGGCCCCGAUGAGAAGCAGGCCAUGUUGACGAGCCCUCGGCGUCCGCACGCUGUCCAUGCUGCUGAGAUGUUACUCCCUCAGCUACAGCCAGCCCAAGGAAAGGAAAGUAACUUUUCGAGAGCCUUCCCCGCCCUUGGAUCUUUGUCAGCUCCCAGCGAAAUGUCCCGGAUAUCGAGUUUCGCCGACAUUCAGUCACAGGCAAACGCGCAAUACAUCACGGGCGAGGAGUACGAGAGUCCGAUAUACGCCUGGCUCAUACGCAAGACAAGGGAGGCACAUGGAAAAGAGCAACUGACUUUCAUGCGCUUGUUGGAGAUACUCAUGGCGGACGCGGAAAACCACAUCAGUGAACGCCCGUCAGAACAUUCGAGAGAGGGACAAUACCGGUUACUCUCCAUCCUCAUUGUGCCUUUAUUGGCAAAAAUGGUCGACGAGGCCAGCUCUGGAGACGGAAAUGGCAGCUCCAACGGCAAGCCGGAUUUACAGGGCUCGGACUUGCUGCCAGACGCGCUGCGGCAAUUAGCCAAGUUCCUCGAGCACAGCCCGAUUCUUCAAAAGUCUGCAAAUGACGCUAAUGUAAUCAAAAAGGUCUGCCAGAUCCUCAAGAAGACGUUCGAAGCCGUGCCGCAGCCGUCGCGGCAGAAGCGAUGGUCGCCUACACCUUUGAGCGCGGAAGCCGUCGAUGAGAGCCUCGAAGGCGAGGAGAGAUCCGAUAUGCUUGGCAGCGCAGGUGUGCCCAUGGAGAUGUUGAACGUGUUGAAGUGCAGGGAGGCCUCACUGUUGGCACUGGCGGCCGUGGCUCACAAGGAGGAUUCUCACCGGAAGAUCAUCAUCGAGGCGGGGGCUGUUGCGUGCAUAGCCGACUCGCUCGUGGCAUACGAGCAAAAAGACGAAGAUGUAUUUGCGCGUGGUAAUGUCUCUAAUGGCACAAAAGACGGCAACCCGGUCGUGGUGCUCAGGGCCGCCUGCCGAGCUGCAAGGUCCAUGUCGAGGUCUGUCAGCGUGCUGCGAACGAGCAUGAUGGAUUAUGGCAUCGGAAAGCCCAUCUACAAACUCCUCAAGCACCCUAAUCUUGAGGUUUGCAAGGCGGCGACUGAUGUGCUUUGCAAUCUGCUGCUACAGUUUAGCCCCAUGAGAGAGGACCUUAUCGAGGCCGGAGCUUUAAAGACUUUAUGCGAACACGCGUCGUCAGCGGACACCGAGCUCCGUUUGACGUCUAUGUGGGCACUGAAGCAUCUUGUUCUUCAGGCGGAUAACGAAAUCAAGAUGACUGCAUUGGAAGAGCUUGGGACGGGAUGGCUGAUCCAGACUGUCUCUGGGCCGGCAACGCCCCUCGGCAUGAGCACUCCUAAUGCCGCACACGAGCAGGUCGAUAUCUUGAACGCAGUAGAAGAACCAAGCAUGGACAUCGACAACGGGUCUGGUAUCUCCGGAGACGAGGACGACGUCAUGGCCGACAGCAUAGGGCUUUUACGGCCACGAAGCACGCAGGAGACAGCAGCUGCGCGGAUGAAAGCACGACUGCGGACCAUCAGGGAAGCGGAGACGAACCCGGCCAUCAAGGCACAACAAGACGAGCUGCGCAUCCAAGAGCAAGCCCUCGACUUCAUCCGCAACCUCAUCAUGGCCGAGCCCGGCACCGACCCUGGCGUCAUGAUCGACCACGUCCUGCAAGCCUUCGGCCGCGACCGCUUCUUCGAGAUCCUAACCGCGAAACUGCGACCACGCAACCCCGGCCCAACCGCCGCCUCACGGGACGCAGCGCUGCUGCGCGCCUCGGCCUCGUCCUCGCCCGACCCGACAUCGACCAGCUCCGCGGGCGCCGGCGCCACCACGGCCACCAACACCACCUCCUCAAACGCAUACACGUACCUCGCGCCGCCCGAAAUCCUCCUCGGCACCGCCUUCAUCGCCGUGCACGUGGCCAACGGGCCCCCGGCGCACCGCCAGCUCAUCCUCAGUCAAACGCCGCUGAUGCAGCACCUGGUGCCGCUGUUCGGGCACCCGGACCGCCGCAUCCGCGUCGCCUGCGUCUGGCUCAUCAACAACCUCACCUGGAUCGAGGACGACAGCGACCGCGCGGGCGCGCGGCUGCGCGCCCAGGAGCUGCGCAAGCUGGGCAUUGAGGAGCGCGUGCGCGCGUGCUUGGGCGACGCCGAGCUCGAUGUCCGCGAGCGCGCUAAGACGGCUGUCGAGCAGCUGGCUAAGUUGCUCGAUGGGCUGCCGCCGCCUCCUGCUGCAGCUGCUGCUAUGGGGUUGGGGCAGCAGUCUGCUAGUGGUGGUGCGGGCGUGGGCCAGGGCCAGGGUGCCGAACAGCAUGCUGCUGGUGGUGGCGCGGGGACGCCCGGCGCGUUUCCGGGCGCGGCUGGUGGGGGCGUGGCGGGCUUGGGCGCGAGUAGUGGGUCGCAGAGGCCGUGGGAUCGGUGA